UUGCAGGCCGGGUGGCGUGGACGGUGGCUCUCCAAGGACGGCAGUGCCUCCUUCGUGGCUGGGAAGCGCGGCCAGGAGGGCGCUGGACCGGCCCCUCCUGAGGGGCAGCGGUGGGCUGAGAGGGAGGGUGGCGGAGCCCCCACAGCUCCACCUGCCCAGUGAGUCUGUGCAGAGCUUGGCCUGACCUCCUGCUCCACCCAGCCCGGGCCUCCUGUGUGCGCAGCAUCCGUGUCCGGCCCUGGGCACUGUCGCUGACCACGGCACAGCCUCUGUCACUCGCUCCUCCUGGAAGUGUCCCCUCUGUGGCGGGGCCCUCACUUGCCCGUCACUCCUGAAUCCCACCCCAGGACAGGCAGGAGGGAGCAGGUCAGGGCCCAGCCCCUCCUCUGCUGCUUCCUCCCCGCAGCCUCCCCGCCCGUUCCCUCUGCCGGGACGGCCCCUCCUGCACCCUCAAUGUUCCCCACAGCCACCCAGAACCUCAGGACUCGGAGUCCGGGUGGUGCCCCAAUGACCACCGUCCUCUGUGACCAGGGCCUCGAGGCUUCUGCCUUCUGGCCUGGCCAGUGUCCAGCAGCGAGUCCCACUGAGUCCCCAGCCCCUGGCCCAGUCUUGGGGGCCACAGCAGUGUCCCAUCUGUGCCUCAGUGCAGGGUGAAGGGGUGGGGGCUCCCCGACCACGAGCCUCUCCUGAGUGCAGCACAUCCUGCCAGAGGGGAAGGGUGGGCCUCUUGCGUACCCGAGGCCCUGCUGCACGUGUGGCUUCCUUGUGUGUAGAGAUCUGGGCCCCAGCAGGCCCCAGCCUACAGCUGCCCCUUGGUGGCUCAGUGGCCGAUGACCCCGCGGAUGGGCAGAGCUGCAGGCCCCAGCCAGGUGCAGGGAGCAGGUGAUGCAGGUCCUGGAGCCAGCAGCCAGUGUGAAUCACGGAGCUGGGACGGAGGCUUCGAAGAGGGGGCGAGAGCGUGUGUCCCACACCCUGGGAGGACGCCAGGUGGGGCAGAUGCCAGGGAGGUGGGGCCGCAGGUGUGGCCUUCCCAGGGCCAGCUGGACGCUCCCACCCACUGCCGCCUCAGGGUCGGGCCGGCCUGCCUCCCACGUCAGCCCAGCUCUGUGGUGCACACUCUGGGGCCCAGGCCGAUGGCCAGCCUGAACGUGUCCCUCUCGUUCUUCGUAGCCACCUGCGCCCUCUGUGAGGCCACCAGGAGGGUGUCCAAGGCCCUGCUCCCAUCAAGCGCCUAUGCCAGCUUCGCCCGGGAGGCGGCAGGUGCAGCCCAGCUGGCCGCCUGCUGCCUGGAGAUGCGGGUGCUGGCAGAGCUCGGUCCCUGGGCUGGGGGCGUGGGGCCCGACCUCCUGCUGACGCUGCUCUUCCUGCUGUUCCUGGUGCACGGCGCCACCUUCGACGGUGCCUCUGCGAACCCCACCGUGGCCCUGCAGGAGUUCCUCCUGGCUGAGGCCACGCUGCCCAGCACACUGCUGAAGCUGGUGGCCCAGGCGCUGGGCGUGCAAGCGGCCGGUACCCUGACACAGCGCUGCUGGGCCUGGGAGCUCAGCGACCUGCACCUGCUGCAGAGCCUCCUGGCUGCACACUGCAGCUCUGCACUGCGCACAUCCGCGGCCCAGGGCACACUGGUGGAGGGCACCUGUGCCUUCCUCUUCCACCUGACCCUGCUCCACCUCCGGCACAGCCUCCCCGUCUACAGGGCACUGGCCGUGUCUCUGCUGGUCACUGUCACGGCCUCCACAGACCACCUCCCACUCAUGGGCUGUUGGAGGGUCUCCUGUGUGGCCCUGUGGCCGGCCAGCCAUGGGGACCAUGUGCGUCUGCCCACAGCUGGGCCCUACACUUCCGCCUUCUUCAACCCUGCGCUGGCCACAUCAGUCACCUUCCGCUGCUCGGGGCACAGCUUCCUGGAGUACGCCCAGGUGUACUGGCUGGGCCCUCUGACAGGGAUGGUCCUGGCUGUCUUGCUCCAUCAGGGCCACCUUCCCCGGCUUUUCCAGAGAAACCUGCUCUACAGGCAGAAGAGCAAGUACCGGAGCCCCAGAGGGAAGCUGGCUGCGGGCCCCGGGGACUCCCACAGGGCCACACCUGGGUGCGGUGGGCAGGAACAGGGCAGGGCCCAGUGAGCCAGCACCAAGGGCUGCUGCUCUGGACUCUGGACCCCCUCAUGCCCAGGGGCGUCCUGGAUCCCUCCUGGGAAAGCUUGGGUCAAUAAACCACU